AUGAGGGAAUACAUAUACCAAAAAUUAGUAUGGCUUGACGAAAAACACAAGGUCUUAACACCACUGAAAGUAGCAAUUGACUCUUUACUAUGAGACAACCCUCAAAAUGGCUACUGCUAUGAGCUAUCCUUAGUAGUUGGAGCCCGGACGAAUAGCUCAGACCCAUCAUCAGUCACUGUAAUGGUAUUAGAUUCGAUAAGUGACACUUUUUUAUUCCAUCAGUUUUGGCUUGCAAACCCUUCAGAAGCCUCUGAAUUAAAAGAAAAUUUGCUAAAUUUUACAAUAGAUGCUGCAAAUCAAAGAAAUAUCGCUAUUUUUAUGAAUCCGAUUUCUGGAAAUAGAAAUGGUCGCGACGUGUGGGAUCAGCAAUUUCAACCAGCACUGAGAUUUACACCAUUUCGCUAUUCUUUAUUUGAAACAACCGAUCAUGAAUAUAUAGAAGAAUGGGUGCAAAAUCAUGAUAUCAAGCAAUUUACAGAUAUGGUCUGUUUAGGAGGGGAUGGGACUUUACAUCUUCUUAUUACAGCUAUUGAAAAAUAUUAUCCUGGGUUUCUUGAGGACUUUAAAUUUGGAAUUUUGCCUACUGGCUCAACAAACUCAUUAGCGUGUGAGCUAGGCGCAAGAAGUAUAAAGCAAGGUAUUUUAAAUAUCAUUAAAGGGCAUUCUUCAAAAGCUGACCUUCUUAAAAUAAAAUUGGAUUCCCAAGAAGUGCUUUCCACAUGUGCAUUGGUAUGGGGAGUACCUAGUGAUAUCUGUAACGACGCACAGAAUUAUCGGUUUUUAGGCUCACUCAGAUACGGAGUUGUAGGCUUUAUGAAAUUUUUUAGAAAGUGAAGGAAAUAUAAAGGAAGGCUUGUCUAUGAAAAUGAUGCAGGAGAAAACGUAGAAAUGUCAAUAGACUAUGUGUUCGUUAUUGCAAGUAAUCACAGAACCCAAAAUUCUGCCAACAAUGAAAUGCUGACUCCAUUUGGUAGAAUAAAUGACGGCUUUAUUGACGUCCAAAGUAUGGUCUACGGUAGCAGAUGAGAUAUUAUCACUUUUCUAAGAAAAUCUGCAAAUAAAGGCUCACACACUAAUUUAUCAUUUAUCCAACAUUUUAAGACAAAAAGCAUCACAAUUGAGCCCGCAGAUUUCCCUAUAUUCAAUAUAGAUGGGGAGAUUUAUAAUUCUUCUAGAGCUCAAGUCCAAAUUAUUCCACAAGCUAUAAGAUAUUUAGGAGCUUUAUAUGAUGAUGGUAAAUAA